UAGAAAAUACAUACCCGUAUAUUUUCAGAUUCUCCUUUAAAGAGAAGAGGUAUUCUUAUUGUCAGAAUUAAGCCUGUAAUUAUUGAGGGUCCUGAGUUAUUUACACAAAUUGUGAUACAGAAUUACAAUUGAGAAAUUUUGUGCAAUCAUGUCAAAACCGCGUAAAACACCUAAAUGCCCGUAAUUUAACUAGACUAGCACUAAUACGCAAAUUUUAAAACUAAAUUAAAAACAAAAUUAUUGUUCUUCUUUUUCAAAACAACAUAUAUUUAAUCACGUAUUACCUAGCUAGGGGAAAAAGAUCAAUACCCAACUAUCUAGCUUUACCUAACACACUAAAAAAAAAUAAAAAAUAAAAAAUAAAAACUACCUAAGAAAAUAAAAACUACCCAUGAAUUACGUAAUACUCCUACAUUCAUGUUUAAUUAGCUAACUAUCUAGGAAAAAACUACCCAUGAUAUAAUAACAAUUGCAACUUCUACUUCCCACUAAAAGAACAAUAAAAGGUAAGUAUGCAAAAUCAAAGUCAUAUCUAUGGUGUAAUAACUAACCCAUAAACUUAUAAACUCAUGUUUGACGCCAUCAUACCUCCUUCCUUCGUGAAUUGCUAUGGAGUAUUAGCCUAUUUUCAUCAACGAUUUAAUCCCCACUCCAUACUAACCUACAGUUUACCAUUGCCGAUCGUCAGUUGAGGAGAGUUAUUGGGAUAAUAUCUAGAGCAAUUGACGAAGAACGAUCUAGGUUAUUUGACGAGAGAACCGUAGCAAGUAUGGAAAAUCAAAGGCCAAGUUCAUCCGAGUACCGAAGACUAAGACGACAGAGGAUGACUUCUGAACAAUGUGCCCAAGAGGCCAAUACUAGAAAUGCUCAGAGGCGUUUGACCUAUAAUGCAAGAAGACAUGCCCGGCAAAAUGGCAAUGCGACCGCGUUUUUAGACAUUACCAAUCAAGAUAACUCAACUGUUGUAGGCAUUACUACAAACUCUAUCCCCAUACAUACAUCACUACCCAAUGGUCAAACUUCCAUAUCGCACGUGUCUACGCGUGUUGGGCAAAGUAGAAAUCACAAUGGCCACAUAGAAUUUGGGGAAAGCAGUGGCACUUCAAACACGAACCAUCAUGAUGUCAUGGUUGGGAACAAUGCUCGAAGAAGAAAUAGGGAAAGAGUUAAUAAUCAGUGUGCAAUAAACUAUCAUGAACGAAGAGGAGUCCCAGAUGUUCAAUUGUCACCUCCAAGAACAUGUUCUGAUUGUCAAGCUCGACUUUUUCAUAAAGAAUCAUCCCAAAUUUGUUGUAUGUCUGGAAAGAUAAACUUGCCAAUCAUACCCGUUCCUGAUGACCUGCUUUCUUUAUACAUUGAUCAAACCCCAACUGGAAUGAAUUUCAGACAGGAUAUUAGAAAACUAAAUCACAUACAUGCUUUCACUUCCAUGGGUGUUCACUUAGAUGAGAGCUUAGCAAAUGCUCAACAAGGAGUAUAUACUUUCCGGGCUCAAGGUUCUAUAUAUCAUAAGAUAGGUGGGUUUCUUCCUCGUGGAUCAGAAUGUAGGCCACGAUUCCUCCAAAAGUACAUAUAUGAUACUGAGCAUGAGAUCGAGCAUCGCCUGGCAGAGAAUAACACGUUGCAACGGGAUAUAAUACAAAAAAUCAAGUCAAUUCUUGAUCGAUGCAAUCCCUUUGUCCACAAUCUUCGAUUUUUAGCUCAACGUGAAGACAUACAACAAUGUGCACUUCGUAUCCAUGAACAACCUUCAGAUCGACCACAAUAUUGUCUACCUACUGCUUCUCAAGUUGCUGCAGUUAUUGUUGGUGGAGAAGAGGUUGCGAACUUGAACCCCAGAGAUAUUUUAGUUCAGUCAAAUUCAGGCCAGUUAAUGACUGUUAUGGACACGGCUGGAUACUAUGACCCCCUUCAAUAUCCUUUACUCUUUCCAUAUGGUUCUUAUGGAUGGUCGAUUAAUAGUCUUGACACUAAUGGAAGAACUAUUCCUUGCCGAGCUUUCUAUGCCUACCUCUUUCAAAUACGGCUACAUGUCAUAUCCAUCAUCUUAUUAGCAGGGCGAUUAUUCCAGCAAUUUAUAGUUGAUAAUUUUGUCAAAAUUGAGGCUAAUAAGCUGAGAUGGCUUCGAGACCAUCAAGAUACCAUAAGAGCUGAAUUAUACCAAGGCUUGCAAGAUUGUUUGGAUGCGGGAGAACUCGAUCCAGUAAACGCCGGUAAAAAAACUAUUUUGCCUUCUUCGUUUGUUGGAAGCCCACGAGACAUGAACCAACGAUACCAAGAUGCAAUGGCAUUGGUUCAACAUUAUGGAAAGCCUGACCUUUUCGUGACUAUGACAUGCAACCCAACAUGGAGAGAGAUUGUGGAAGAGUUAUUGCCCGGUCAGACACCACAAGAUCGCCCCGACUUAAUCACCAGGAUAUUUCAUGCAAAAUUUGAGGAGUUUAAGAGUGAUGUUGUUGACAAAAGUGCCCUUGGAAAGGUUGUGGCGUAUGUUUAUGUUGUUGAGUUCCAGAAAAGAGGUCUUCCACAUGUCCACAUGUUACUAAUACUGGAUGAAAAUGACAAACCAAGAUCACCUGAAGAAUAUGACAAAAUUGUCAGAGCUGAGAUACCUGAUAGAGAUGAGGAGCCACGAUUAUAUGAUGCUGUUCUUAAACAUAUGAUCCAUAAACCGUGUGGUGCUGGACGUCGAAAUUCAUCUUGCAUGGAAAAUGGAGUUUGUAAACGAAAAUUUCCUAAAUCAUUUUCUGCAAGUACUAUCCAAGGUGAUAACUCUUACCCUAUUUACCGUCGUCGUGGUGAUCGCCCUGCAGUACCUUUGCAUGAGAAUAGCACAACAUAUGUUGAUAAUAAGUGGGUUGUUCCAUAUAAUUCAUGGCUUCUACUAAAGUAUGAUUGUCAUAUUAAUGUAGAGAUUUGUAGUAGCAUCAAGUGUGUCAAAUAUUUAUACAAAUAUGUGCACAAGGGUGUCGACCGUGUUUCCAUGGAAGUUCGAACAGGAUCAGAAAACAACGAGAUUCAACAAUUUGUAGAUGCUAGAUGGGUUUGUACACCAGAGGCAUUAUGGAGAAUUUAUCAAUUUACACUUACUCGAAUGUGUCCAUCUGUGGAACUAUUACAACUCCACCUACAAAAUCGGCAAGAGAUAAGGUUUAACACAAAUCAAUCUAUUGAAGAUAUCCUCCAAAUGCCACAAAACUCGCGAACCAUGCUCACUGAAUUCUUUAAGAUGAAUGUCUCUGAUCCUGAAGCAAGGAAGUACCUUUACAUAGAAUUCCCUCAAAAUUAUCGGUGGUUAACAUCAUCAAAAACAUGGAGAAAAAGGAGGAAUAAGCAGAGAGUGAUUGGAAGAAUAUAUACUACAUCGCCAAUGGAAGGAGAAAGAUUUUUCUUGCGUUUGCUCUUAAAUCAUGUUAGAGGCCCAGAAUCAUUCCAACAUCUUCGAACUGUCAACGGAAUUGUCUAUCCUUCUUUUAGAGAAGCAGCUGAAAAACAAGGUUUAAUGGAGAACGAUGCAAGCAUUCGUGAAUGUUUACUUGAAGCAUCUAACUCCAAAAUGCCAUCAUCAUUGAGAAAAUUAUUUGUCACACUAUUGGUCUAUUGCCAACCAACUGGAGUUCGAUCUUUAUGGGAUGAAUUCUACCAUUUCAUGGCUGAAGACUACAAUUUUCCAUCCCCAUCAAAUACAAAUUUGGUGCGUGACUCUGUUCUCUAUGAUGUAGAACGCAUGUUGAAGCAAUUGGGUAAGACUAUCACUGAUUAUGACCUCCCUGAUAUAAGCAUCCAAUUAGAUGGCAACAUACAAUUCGCCAGAGCUAUACAUGAAGAAGUAUCCGCACCAGUGCCCCCUGAAGAUGUGCAUUGUGUUGAACAUCUUAAUGAUGACCAACGUAAUUCGUUUGAUGUUAUAAUGGAAGCUAUUGAUGGAGAUACUGGUCGAUUAUUCUUCAUAGAUGGCCCUGGUGGGACCGGUAAGACCUAUUUAUAUCGUGUUAUACUUGCAACUAUUAAGCUUAGAGGACAAUUUGGUCUUGCAGUAGCUAGCUCAGGUAUCGCUGCCACACUAUUGCAUAGAGGAAAAACUGCUCAUAAAACUUUUGGAAUUCCGGUAACACUACAUGCUUCAUCGACAUGGAAGUUCAGCAAACAGGAUAUUGAAGCACAAUUAGUUAAGCAUGCCGCUGUUAUAAUAUGGGAUGAAGCAACAAUGACUCAUAGACAUGCAUAUAAGGCCGUUGAUCGUAGUAUAAGAGAUUUAAUGGGGGUUGACAGUCCGUUUGGUGGUAAGGUCGUAGUUUUUGGUGGAGAUUUUAGACAAAUCCUUCCCGUUGUACCUAAAGGAACAAAAGCGCAAACCAUAGAUGCAUGUUUGGUGAGGUCAACACUAUGGAGACAUGUUCAACUACUUCGCCUCAAUCAGAAUAUGAGAUCCAGAAAUGAUGAAGAGUUUGCAGAAUUUCUUUUAAGAGUUGGUGAUGGAUGUGAGCCUAUGGUUGAUGAAAACAUGAUAAAGUUACCAACUUCAUUGUGUGUAACAGAUGGAAAUCAUAACUCAAUUGGUAUCUUAGUUCACGAGAUAUAG